UGAAAGAGAAAACACAAGUCCACUCACUACACAUUCAUCGUUUCACAAUUUUUGCACAACGUCAGAACUCCACCCACCAAGAUUAGCUAUCUGCAGAACCGAAUACAGAGAAGAAAAGGGUUAUUAUAAAAUAAAACAAUUCCAAGAAAGAAAGAUGAGUGGAGGGGAUGAUAAGAAGAGACUAAUCAAGUUGUUCUGCCCUUCACUACCAAAGAUAGUAGCAAUAAUGGCUUGGGAAGACCAAAGACUUGAUCUUGGUUUCAUUGCACGUGUUUUUGGGCUUGACCCAGCACAUAUAAAGCUAAAUGGUCACUUUAUUAGUAGAGGGGUUGAUUUUAUUGCUUCCUCUGUUACGUGGAAGUCCCUUCUUUCGUUCUUCUCUGCUCGUGGGUUGUCCAUUGGUGACUCUGAUUCUCGCGCUCUCAUUGUUGAAGGAAAGCUCUCUAAAGUUGGUUCCAAAAGAACACAUAGUCCAAUAGAAGUUGAAAAGGGAGUGCUCUGCAUGAAGGAACUCAAUGGUGAGAGAGAAGAACAUCUUGAGGACGCCAACUCCCUCAGUAACAAGAAAUUUAAGGAAAGCAAUAGAGGAGUGGCAUUGAACCUAAAAAGGAAGCUGUGUUUGGAAGAUUCUGGUCUGUUGAAGAGAACAAGAACAAAUAAAUGUGAUUCAGGUAUAAGAGAGAGAGAAGUUGAUUUUCAAAAAGCUAUUUCAGAUAAGCCACUUGUAUGCAGUUUGGCUAGUGAAAAGCUGAAAAGGAUUAGAGAUGAUGAGAUGGUUGUAACUACCCCUUUCAAGAGAAUAAGAUAAUUUAACCAAAUACUGACAGUUAGCAAGUUGUAAAUUGGAGGCAUGGUUAUCAUUGUACUCACCUGUAAAUCCUUGCUAAUGGGUUAAAGUAGUUGAUGACAGAAUUUUAAUGUGGGAAAAAGCCUUUCUUGAGUUUGUCAACGUA